GACACGUCUGGAUCGGCGCUCAGUCAAAUGAGACUGAAAUGUGAGGUGUGGGCUGGACCAGGAUCUCCCCUCAGCAGGCUGUAACCCCAUUGUACCGGUGUUCACCGUCUCCUGACCGAGUCGGCGCCGCUGUCUCAUCUCUGGGCAACUUUUUUGGAAUAUAGGACGUCGGGGGUUUGCUGUCGUUUAAGGCUGCUUUUCCACAUGUCUCCGUUUGGACCCGUCUGACCCUUAUCCCACAGAGUAAGGAUUUGGCGUUUCUUUGGUGGACUCCAGGAGACGGCGGGCAGCUGGUCCGCGGUAGGUUUUUCCAAAAGAGUGUUCAGACGAGGUCAGCGCUGAUGGGACUUAUAAGACUUCAGAAAGGGCCUGGUUGGGAAAGGGAGUGAGUAUGGACAACCUUUCUGACUUCGGUGGCCCCUGUCCGUCCACCCGCAGGGAAUGGGACACCAACAGCUGCGUGGAUGAUUUAAUGGAUGAAGAUGAGAAAGACAGGGCUAAAAGGGCAUCUCGAAACAAAUCUGAGAAGAAAAGAAGAGAUCAAUUCAAUGUCCUCAUCAAGGAGCUAUGCACCAUGCUGCAGGGUCAAGGCCAUCCACGCAAGAUGGACAAGUCCACCAUAUUGCAGAGAACUAUUGACUUCUUGCAGAAACAAAAAGACAUCACUGCACAGAAUGAAACGUGUGAUGUGAGACAGGACUGGAAGCCGUCGUUCCUCAGUAAUGAGGAGUUCACCCAGCUAAUGCUGGAGGCUCUAGAUGGUUUCUUGGUAGCAUUAACUACAGAUGGCAACAUUAUAUACGUGUCUGACAGUGUGUCUUCACUUAUUGGCCAUUUACCGUCAGAUAUGGUGGACCAAAAUAUCUUGAAUUUCCUCCCGGAGCGGGAGCACGGCGAGGUGUAUAAGCUGCUAUCAUCCCACAUGCUGAUGACUGACCCCAUUGCUGCUGACUUCCUUGACAGUGAGGCACAUAUUGAAUUUUGCUGUCAUCUAGCCAGAGGUAACAUUGAUCCAAAGGAGCCACCCGUAUACGAGUAUGUCAAGUUUGUUGGAGAUUUCAAGUUUCAUAACAAUGUGCCUACAUCUUCUUGUAACGGGCUUGAGUUGACGUUACCAAGAAGCCUGCAGUCAUCGCUGGAGGAGCAGGUCUGCCUCAUUGCUACUGUACGAUUAGCCACUCCACAGUUUCUAAAGGAUUUGUGCAAUGUGGAAGAUCCCUGUGAUGAAUUCACAUCCAGACACAGCCUUGAAUGGAAGUUCCUGUUUUUAGAUCACAGAGCUUCGCCAAUCAUCGGCUACUUACCCUUUGAGGUUCUCGGAACUUCUGGUUACGAUUACUAUCAUGUGGAUGACUUGGAGCUUAUAGCUCAGUGUCAUAAGCAGUUAAUGCAGUUUGGAAAGGGUAAAUCCUGCUACUAUCGCUUUCUGACCAAAGGUCAGCAGUGGAUUUGGUUGCAGACUCACUACUACAUCACGUACCACCAGUGGAACUCCAAACCGGAGUUUAUUGUCUGCACUCACACGGUUGUCAGUUAUGCUGAAGUGCGAGCUGAAAGGAGGAGAGCAUUUGGCUUUGAAGAGCUAUCUCCACCUGAGAUAGCUCCAUCUUCAGUUAAGGCUCAGGAGCUGUACUUGGACAUCUGCUCCACACUGGACCCUCCACGGGACAGAAACAGCGGUGCACGUUCGGUAUCCUCCCACAGCUCCCGGAAGUCCUCCCACACAGCGCUGUCGGACUCUGCAUCAGCUAACUCCUACACAGAGGCCUGCACACCAUCAUGGCAAUCUGCUUCCAUUGGGACCGAGAAGACAUCUGCCAGACUCCAACCCAGUAGUUCAAAGAAUUUGGCACAAAGACAAAAUUCCUUUGACCUCAUCCCCCAAAUGAGCCUCCCCCUUUCUCCUACCUGCAGCAAGCACUCCGCAAUGCAACAGCAAACACAGCAGCAGCAGCAGCAGCAGCAGCAGCAGUCGUCCAUGUAUCAGCUGCAGCAGCCUCAGCUCUGCGUAAUGAACCAGCUGAAGGAGCAGCUGGAGGAGAGGACGCGUAUUCUGCAAGCUGACAUUAAGACGCAGCAGCAGGAGCUGCACGACAUUAAGGAGAAGCUUCACCUCGCUAAUCUCCAGAUGUUGUUACAGCAGCCUAUCCACAAUGACUUUGGCCAGGCCCAGCAGCAGCAGCAGCAGCAGCAGCAGCAGCAGCAGCAGGGCUCGGGCAGGCCGGCCCAGCAGAGCCAGGCAGGGGUGAUCAGGCAGCUCUCAGGCCACCCGAAACCAGCGUCCUGCAGGGCCCACAGUUCAUCCCCCCACUCACUCCUGAGAGAGAGCAGCUCACCCUCAUCACAGGUUCAUCAGAGGAUUGCGCGGAGCGGACAGGCGCAGUCAGCAGUGAGUGUGCCUGUGCAGACGAACACAAGUCUGACGAUGCCCUUCUACAGCAACCCCAUGAUGUUCUCCCAGACCAACACGAGGUCUCUGCAGGACGCAAACCAAAGACACACAGACAGCGAGUUCAGCCAAGAUGGACAACUGCGCAUGCUCCUCAACCAGCCAGUGCAGACGCUGGUUCCCACUAGCAGUGUCACCUCGCAGCCUUCCCAGUGCAACAUGGGCAUCUCCCAAACCUUAUACACGCUGGAACAGCAGAUCAUCGCCCCUUCGUUCUCCAUGCAACAGGUCAACUGCAACGCCGUCCUUGUGCCCUCCCCGGUCUUCACGUCCCCCAUCAUGUUCCCACACAACACUUUCAUCACAAACCAGUCCCAGUCGACCUACCACACUCAGCCUCAGGCUUCUCAGCACUCCCUGCAGCUACAGCAGCCCCAGCAGUUCUUUCAGAUGACUCAAGGACUUGUACACGGUGGAUCUACUCCAACAUUCUUACACACCGCUAAUGUCCCGCAGCAAAGCACUGUGGGAUACAUCCAGCAGCAGCCGCAAACACAGCAAGUGCCGCAAGCACAGCAGCAACAGGCGCAACAGCAGCAAAGGCAAUACCAACAUUCCCAAAACCAGACUGGCGGUGUUUCAGACUUCCGAAAUAUGCUGACUCGGUAGCGCUCUGGACUGUUUUAGAGCGCCGACAUCUCCCUCCGUGUUGUCGCCGUGUAGGCGGCAGCACGCCGUGGCAUUUGGAAGUCAAACUUGACGUCCAGUUCUGCAGCGGGAAUGCUUUGGAGUGGCAAACUGCUUCUAGUGACCUUACUUUUUAUGUGAAGCUGCCCAUUCAGAGGAGGCCGGUGUGCAUGUCACCGGCGUGAAAAGCAGAGGCUGCGCUGGCCUGGCGUCACCUGCGGGGACCUGAGGAGAGUCUGAGCUGCUGGACCUUCAUCACCGCGUCACUAUCGGUGACACUGCCGGAACAAGUGGAUUAUCAAAGCUCUCGAGAAGUCGCCGCUUUCACAUGUUUACACGUGGAAGUUUUUCACUUAGCGAAGAGAGUUUCCUUCUAAAUGUCUGUUUGCACUUUGGUACCACCCCCCACCUAAAAGUAGAAUAUUUAUUUUUGCCCAUGUGAAUUAAUAUUCUAUUUUCCUCACUAAGAAUGGCUUAAUAGUGUUAGUAUAUUUUAAACCUACUGCUCGACCACCCUGCCCAGUGAAACCAUCAAAUCAUCACCCUCGGUCAGAUUUUUAGCUAUGCUGAAAAUGGUUCAUCUCACAAAGGGAUUUUUGUACAUGCCAACUUUACAUCAAAGUGCGUUUCAGCUGGCAGACAUCAGAUGUCGCUCGCGGUUUGUCCCAAAAACAAUGAUUUACUCGCAGGUAUGUUCGUGGCAAGUCACAAGAGAGGGUUUUAUUAUGAAAUACACAGUGGUGAGAUGGCCGUCAUAUCUAAAAGUCAGGCUUGAUCAGAAAAUCUAUGUAACACGCUACACUGGGAAACGGGGGGUAUUCUCCAGUUAUAAGUAAGGUCUAUCUAGAUUUUUAAAGCCUCAAUCUGGGACUGAAGAAGUGGUGCUACAACUAUGCCACCACUUCUCCCUGACAAUGACAACAAAGCUCUGAAGUCCUGAUUUAAGGUGCUUUUGAAUGAGCUCUGCAGCAGGAGUCCUUGGGUGACAGACAGGCUAGCAGAGGGGGGGAAUUUUGUGCCUUUAGCCAUGGUACGUCCAUGGUGCGGUCUGAUGGUUUUGUCUGAUUACGGCUUUAAAAAUCCAGCUCAGGUCCAUUUGGAAUACAAAGUUCUAUUUUCAUAGGUCACAAUUUAUUAUUUUCCACAUCAGAUUGAAACAGAAGACAUCUAGAUUUGUAGUGGAUAUAUUACAAAUAUAUAUUGGAUGCUUUUUGCAACCUUUACAUCAGUAAGUCCAAACUGUUAUUGAACACUUUCUGUAAUUAUAGUAACUAAGAUUCAUUUAACUAUUUACUGAGACCCUAAUGAAAUAAUUUCAUGUUUAUUUAUUGCAUAUACAUUUAAAAAAAAUGAAAUUGAGAAACUAGUUUUAUACAGAAAAGUUCUAAUUGGUUUUAUGCGUUCAUUUAGACAUUGAAAGGUCAACACUGGUCUUAAUGUCUUACCCUGGCUGGGUUCAUGGUUUAAUGCAAGCUGUUUUCACCAGAGCACUGCACCACCACUGAUUUAUGUGGCUCACAGUAGUUUUCCAUACCACACUGUAACAAACUGCUGCAGAGGUGUGGGCUCGGUGAUUGGAAUAAACCUCGGAAACAGUGAGAAAUGAUUUGGAUGAGAUUGUGCCUGCUACCUGGAUAUUUGUGAACAGUAUUAUCCUGUUUGUUCCACUCUGGUCCUCCACUUGUUUGCUUUUAUUUGACCGUCUGUACACUCUAAUCACUACCAAAUGAGCUCAUUUCCAACUAAACAAUACAUUGCUUGUUACUAUGAAUGUGAUCUCCUCGAUAAACUAAAAUAUUGCAAGCAUGUUUAAUUCCCCCAAAAAAUAUAUUAACCUCCAACACUUUGUUGUAUAAAAUAUCAUACAGCUGCAGUGAAAAAGUUUCUCAUACAACUGAAAGUUUCUCAAGUUCUUUGCAGACUUAGUCCUGUCAGUAUUUCAAGUUGUUACAGACUUAUUCUUUUCAUGCUGUAACUUUCUGAACGACAGUCUUUGGAGUCCACCAUAUUCGUUGAGAGAUGCUGUUUUCUGUUAGUUUGGUGAAGGAAAUCUUGCUGCGAUACGUGCAGCUGCUAAUCAGCUCUUGUAACUGCACUCCUAUCUCAAACAGUCAUAUUAAAUAUAGAAGCAAGCUGACGUUAACAUAUUUAUCAGGUCACGCUGUAAUGGUGCGUGGCACGUUGAAGACAACGUUGGCCAAUUGCAGCUCUGAUAAGGGUGAGUUGUAUUGUUGCGAGUGCACUGGUGAUUAGCAGUUAAACGAUAUCCAGGAAGAAAACAAACUGAAGAACACAGACGUACACCUCUCUCUUGUUAACGACAAUCAGAUUUGACUUGUAACCGUAUCCUGCACAGAAGCUGCCUGUGCCAGAGUCUGACUUCAUCAUUUAGAUUUUAAAAAUCUUUCAGUAUGUUCCUGGGUUACAUAGUUUCUCCCACAAAGCUCAGCAGGCAAAACUCAGCGUUUCCUGAAAUUCUCGCCGUGGCCCAAUAUGACCGUUUGGUCUCGGCCACCUCAGCCGCACACAUUCAAGUUCAUCCACGUCACAGUCCCUUUCAACACUGGUGCUGUUCGUAGUGGACGACAAGACUCAACUGUCAGAACACUUUCAACAUGUACGCUCAGUGCCGUUUUACACUUUCCUAUGUGCAAUGUCAAUUUGAAAAAGAAGAAUGUUAAUUUAUACUGUUUUAAAUGUUUCAGAACAGAUGUACGAUGUAUAUAGAGGUGUAUAAUAAGCCAUUGUACCAUGUAAAUUAUAUGGAAGUAUUUUUUUAAUGAAGAUGUCCUAACAUUCCUUAACAUUCGUUAAUAUCAGCAGUAUCUUUUUUUUUAAAGGUACAAGACAUGUCCAGUAUGAUUACAAGGAUUAACACAGGGCUUUGUCUGCAUGGGAAUGUGGUGCAGAGUGUUAGUCUCUCCCCAAACAUGAUAACUAAAUACAGAAAACUCUGGACUAAACCGCUAUCGUGAAAACAGAUUAAAUGAAGAAUCAGAAUCCUUAUGUCCUUACCCAGAAUUUCACACUUUCAAGGCUCACAUCAGGGUGCAACAGCUGUCCAGCUGUGUGUUCAGCUGAUAACAGAAGGUAAUUCAGCCAAAACUGACUGAACCCGCAAGUCGUUUUCCUGUUUUCAGUUUCAAGAAAAAGUGCAAUUGUUCAUCAUCAUCAUCAAAACAUGUAUUUUUAGUCGGAUGAGGGAAUUCUCAGUCUCCAUUUAUGUAUUUCUAUACAUCCACGUUUGGUGUAGCAAACAGUAGACAGCCCAUAAUAUACAUUCAGCUCAGCCAGCAACUCAGAGGUGCCAUAGAUGAUUAUAUUUUCACUUUCCUUUGUUAUUCAGUUUUAUCUCUACUCUCUACUACUGAAAGAAAUCUAUGGAUGAAUAAUGUUGAGAUAGUUCAUGCAUUGUGCUCCAGAUGUGGGUUAAGCCCCCUUUAUUUUGCUUUGGACAAAUCACCUCACUCUGCGCCAGAUGUUCAGAUGCGAGAUGAUUUCUAGAGUUGCUUUAGGUGUGUAUUGCUUCACAGAAGUUCUUGUAAAUAAUCCAUCUGCUCGGUCGGUACUGUUUUUCUUUGUAGUUGCUCGCUCCCCGACAGCAGUUACCACACCUUUCCUCUUUCUUUCUUCAUCUUUCAGAAUGCUGUCCUUCUUCAUGGGGUUUUCAGUGCGUGUUUUUUGAAGGCAUGUGAUUUGCAUCACAUUUAACUUGUGUUUUUCUGAUUUGUAAAAUAAUGACUGACACCUUAAAUGUGUGAGUGGGCAGUCAGAUCAAUGCUUUCUGUGUAAGAUUUGCCAGGACAUGAACAAAACAAACCUGGUUCACAGCCAUUUCUGCAGUUUCAGUGCAGAAACAAACAUUGAAUAUAUUGUAUAAUAGAAUGUAAAAAAAAAAGUUUAGACUAUAUAGUUGUUUAUUUUAUAUGUCUAAUAGAUUACAUAUGUAUGUUCCAUGAUUUUAAAAUUAAAGUAAUUUUGUAACAGAUAAUGAAGUGUCUUAUUAGAGGAGGUGAGGCUUUUUUUGCGUUCAAGUUGGUGUUGCACAGUCACUUGUAUGGCUUGUUUUCUUUCUGUAUUUACCAUCAAAAUAAGCUUUAAAAAUAUCGUUAAUAUUGUUUUAAAAGAAAUUAACAAAUUAAGUUUACAUUCUAAAAUAUCUUGAUAUUAAUUAUGUUAUAUUGAAUUAUUUAUAAAUCAAC